UCUUCAUCAGGCUACAUUUCCAAUCACCUAAACAACUGGGCGAGACAGCUACCGCGACAAGGGCCGUCAAAAAUGGGUCGAGGAUCUGGAGCAGCUCAGCGCUGCAACGCAACCAAACGUUCGGUCUGGAGGUUUCACAUUUACGGCCCAAUCCCAGCCGCAAAUCCUUGCAAGUAACUUCCAGUGGCUUAAAAGGCAUUCCAUUCCCAAUGUGCUUUGAGAGGCUCUGCUGCCCCAGGGAUUUCCAUCAACCACCGCAUUGGAAGAUUUUUUCCCCAAAAAACCAGAUUUUACGAGACACUUAAAAAAAUAAAAAUAUUUGUGUGUGGAUAAAUCGGAAAAUCUUCCCAGCUUUUAGCAUGAUGUCUUACCUCAAACAGCCCCCCUAUGGCAUGAAUGGGCUGGGGCUGGCAGGACCUGCAAUGGACCUUCUGCACCCUUCGGUGGGGUAUCCUGCUACUCCACGGAAGCAGAGGCGAGAACGCACCACUUUCACCCGCUCGCAGCUGGAUGUCCUGGAGGCCCUUUUUGCCAAGACCCGCUACCCGGACAUAUUCAUGAGAGAGGAAGUGGCGCUGAAGAUCAACCUGCCGGAGUCCAGAGUCCAGGUCUGGUUCAAGAACCGCCGCGCCAAGUGCCGCCAGCAGCAGCAGAGCGGCAACGGCGCCAAGAGCCGCCCGGCCAAGAAGAAGUCCUCCCCGGCGCGGGAAAGCUCCGGCUCCGAGAGCAGCGGCCAGUUCACGCCGCCCGCCGUCUCCAGCUCGGCCUCGUCGUCUUCGUCCAGCUCCAACUCCUCGGGCCCGGCGACGGGGGGCGCGGCCUUGAGCAACCCGGCCAGCGGAGGGGGCGCAGGAUCCGCUUCUGCCUCCGCCGCCGCCGCCGCGUCCCUGGGCAGCGCGCCCUCUGCCGUGGCGGCCUCGUCCAUCUGGAGCCCGGCGUCCAUCUCGCCCAGCGCGGUGCCCGAGCCCUUGGCUCCUAGCGGCGCCUCUUGCAUGCAGCGCCCGGUCUCCGGCGCCUCGUCGGCUUCCUACCCGAUGUCCUACGGCCAGGGCAGCGGCUACGGGCAAGGCUACCCAGCGCCGCCACCUUCGUCGUCCUACUUCAGCGGCGUGGACUGCAGCUCCUACUUGCCCAUGCACUCCCACCCGCAUGCGCACCCGCACCAACUCAGCCCCAUGGCGCCCUCUUCCAUGGCCAGCGCGCACCCACACGCGCACCACCCGCUCAGCCCGGGCUCCAGCCACCACCACCACCACCACCAUCACCACCACCACCAGCCGGGCUACGGCAGCGCCGGGCUGGCCUUCAACUCCUCCGACUGCCUGGACUACAAGGAGCCGGCAGCAGCCGCCACCUCUUCCUGGAAGCUCAACUUCAACUCCCCGGACUGCCUGGACUACAAAGACCAGGCCUCGUGGCGCUUCCAAGUCCUGUGAGGCGGCGCGGCGCGGCGCGGCGGCGGCGGGCAGAAAGAAAGAAGGCAAAGGGGGAAGGCAGCAGGGUCGGUCUCCAUCCUCCUCCACGCAGACCCCGGUCUUCUCAGCUCCUCCGAACAGUCUCUCUUUCAUGGCCGCCCAGCACCAGCCCUCUCUCUCCGCCUCUGCUCGCACACCACCACCAACCAACCACCUAAGGAUCCUUUCCCCGCGGCCUCUUCAAGUAUGUUCUUCCUCUCGCUCCGAUCAGUUGAUUACAUUAUUAUUAUUUUUUUAGGAAAUGAACGGAAAAGAUAAGCACCUGCCCAAAUAACAGACCACUUCCACCCCCUGCCCUCAACCAAACACGUGGCUAAAGGCUGCUGGAUCAGACCUCCUGCUAUUGCUGCUGCUGCUGCUCUACACUCCCUCCCUCCGCCGCCUCCUUAUCAACUUGACUCCUGGUGUGUUAUUUAUUCGCUCUCUGGGAUUAUGUUCCACAUUGUACUUUUUGUUUUUAAGCAGAACAGACGAGGACUUUAAACCGAGAUUAAUUCUUCUCCUUUUAACAAAGAUAUCGUUCUUGGACACACAAGACCGCCACCCCCACCCCCAUUCCCAGGCAUUUGGCUACCCAUGGCUUUGUAACGCUCACUUAUGUACAUGGAAAGAUGGGAGCGAGGAAGCGCCUCUUGCUGUCUGUCUGCAGACCUUUUGUGUAUAGCUCUUAAUCCCCCCUCCUUUGGAGACCCCCACCCCCCAGUUCUCUCUGUAGGAUUGUAUUGCAAAAAGCGGCAGGAAUUGUGUAAAUAGUGUAUUUUUAGGUCCGUUCCAGCGACCCUUUUUAUUUUUAGUUGAUUAAUUAAGGUGAAGGUGAACUUUUAACUUGAGUCUAUCGCACAGGAAACCGAACUAAACCCACAUAUCCUCUUAUCUUCCACCUAUUUUCUCUGCCUUUCCUUGUUUGUUUGUUUGUUUUGCUUUGGUGGGGGGAAUGAAGGACAGAGUAAGAUUUCCCAAAAAGUGUUAGUGCAGAGGAAUGGCCAGUUUGGAUAGAGGUGGUGGGAGGGAGAGAGAGAGAGAUGCUGAGGACAGGAAGGGAAAGGAAGAGGUGAACAGGGUCGGUUGAAAAUGUGGGGGAAGGGGGAGGGUUGAAUGUGCCAGGGGCAAAUGAAAGCACCUUGGUCCGGUUCCCCCCUUCAACCCUCGUUUCCGUUGUGCAGUCCUGACUCGAAACAUCCCGCAUUUGAUCAUCUGUCUCCCAAGAUCUUUAUGGCCCACUUUGUUCCUGGGGAGGGAGGGGACAAGGAGAGGGGGAGAACCCCUGUAAAGUCGAUUAUUUACGCCGUUAAUCCAACAGUUACCUGUUGAAAUGUAAGGCAAAUCCUUCCCCUUUAUCUACAUAUCCCUAUAAUAAAAUUCAAACUAAUCAAA